AUCCAGGACACGCCGGGGUGCGUCCAGGCAGACUGCGUGCAGGUGCUGGACUCCCUGUCCAGGAGCGUCAGGUGGGCAGAGGGCUUCCUCCUGGUCUACUCCAUCACCGACCACAGCAGCUACCAGUCGGUCCGACCUCUCUACCAGCACGUACGCAAGGUCCACCCCGAUGCCAGGACUCCCGUCGUUAUCGUGGGGAACAAAGCAGACCUCCUCCACGCCAGGCAAGUACAGGCCAAAGAGGGACUACAGCUCGCAAAUGAACUGGGCAGCCUGUUCUUGGAAAUCUCCACGAGUGACGACUCCCAAGGCGUCUGUGACGUUUUCCAGUAUCUCUGCAAGGAGGUCAGCAAACUACAGCACGCCGGCAGCACGGACAGGAGGCGGUCGUCCGUCAUCCCGCGGCCCAAAUCUCCCAACAUGCAAGAUCUAAAGAGACGUUUCAAACAGGCUUUAUCUUCCAAAGUCAAAUAA